AUGGCACUUACGCAGCCCGGUGUAAAAGUUUAUAUCCUGAACGAUGAACAGCAAUGGGACAAUCUAGGUACUGGAUUUAUCUCCUGCACUUACUUGGAGAGGCACCAUGAGACAUCGCUGUUAAUUACGUCCGAGGUCAGUCACACCCUGAUCUUGAUGUUAAAGAUAAAUAGACAUACAGUAUAUCAGAAACAAAAGAAGCCAUUGAUUAUUUGGUCUGAAGCUGAGAACCAGAGUCUGGCGCUACGUUUUUGGGAUCCAGAUGGCUGUCAGGCAAUUUGGGAGGAGAUUUGCCGUGUUCAAGGUAAAGACCCCUCUGAUGAAAUGAAACAAGACCUUUUGAAUGCAACACCAUAUACUAGUACCCUGGUUUACCUACCUGACUGUGAACUGAGUACACUUGAACAGAUUGCUGGUUUAGUUAACUUGGUUUUUGCCUCACCUGUCUGGAGGGAUAGGCUGGCUCUGAUCUUAGAAAGUGAGGAAUAUGUUAAAAAGCUACUUCAGUUAUUCCAUACUUGUGAGCGUCUAGAGAACAUUAAAGCCUUACAUCAUUUGCAUGAAAUUAUUACAAGAAUCUUAUUCCUCAACAAGACAUCGCUGUUUGAGGUAAUGUUUUCUGAUGAGUGUAUUAUGGAUGUGGUGGGAUGCCUUGAGUAUGACCCUACUUUGGCUCAGCCUGAAAGGCACAGAAAUUUCUUGACCCAGAAUGCAAAGUUCAGGGAAGUGAUACCAAUAACAGACACCGAACUUAAGCAAAAAAUACAUCAGACCCACAAGGUUCAGUACAUUCGUGACAUCCUAUUGCCAGUACCAUCCAUGGUAGAUGAGAAUGUUCUUUCUAAGCUUCAUACUUUUCUUUUCUUCAACAAGAUUGAGAUAGUCAGCAUACUGCAAGAAGACUACAGGUUCUUGUAUGAAGUUUUCACACAAUUAAUAGCUGCUAGUACAGCUACUGAUAAACGACUUGGAUUGUUACAUUUUUUAAAGGAAGUCUGUGAAUUUUCUCAGAUACUACAACCUGAACACAAGGGUGUUUUAUUCCAAACAUUGACACAUUGGGGAAUUUUUCCUUCUCUUAAAAUUGUAAUGGUCAUAGAUGAUUUACCGAUAAAGUCAGCUGCUAUAGAUAUAGUUGCCUUUCUAGUACACCAUAGUCCAUCCAUAAUCUGGUCAUAUAUAAUGGAAGAAUUCCAGCACUGUGAAAGUGAUAAAUUUUUCCUAAAUGUGAUAAUUGAACAGAUGAUCUGUGAUACAGAUCCGGAACUAGGAGGCGCUAUUCAAUUUAUGGGAGUUCUUCGUUCUCUACUUGAUCCAAACAACAUGCUUGCUGCACCUAAUGAAUGUGAAAAAGAUGAAUUUUUAAAUUUUUUCUACAAACAUUGCAUGUGUGUCUUGGUAGAACCAAUUUUGGAGACCACUGCAGAAGACAAAUGUGAAAAGGACAAUAUUGUUGAAUCUAACAAAAAUUCCCCCAAUAAUUUGGGUGCUCUUCGCUUUAUGAGAAGGAUCGUUGGCCUUCAAGAUGAAUUUUAUAACUGUUACAUCAUCAAGGGAAAUCUCUUUGAACCAGUCAUAAAAGCUUUUCUGGAUAACGGGAGUCGGUACAAUAUUUUGAGUUCAGCUAUUAUUGAGCUAUUUGAAUGUGUAAGAGUGAACAAUAUUAAAUCUCUUGUUGCUCAUAUAGUUGAAAAGUUUUACAAGGCACUUGAAUCGAUUGAAUAUGUUCAGACAUUCAAAGGACUGAAGAUUAGAUAUGAUGAAGAGAAAGAGAGACAAAGUAAAAUACAGAAUUUACGUUCUAUGCAGCAUACCAAGGUACUUUGUGAAGGUGCUGAAGCAUUCUGGGAAAUGGAAGAAAUGUCUUUUAAGGAAGAUAAAGAGGAUGGAGAAGUGCUUAUGCCACCACUGGAAACUUCUGAGCCAGAAGAUCAUUUUCCAAGUUGUUCUGAUGAAGCAGUGAAGGUGAAACAAGCAGAAGUCCAAGAAGACAAGGCUGACCUUUCGAGACGUACACCUGGUGGCUUCACGUUUGCCUCCUCCCAUUCUGCAGGAGUUGCUAGUAGUCCAAGCAGUAGCAGAGGGGCUGAUGUAGUAGAUGAUCCAGCAGUUGAAGAUGAUGAUAAAGAAGAUGGACCACCCCCCAGGACAAGACCUUGUCUUUCCUGGGAGACUUUCAACAUGUGA